AUGCCGAAAAAAUUUGGAUUCAAGAAAGCGAACUCUGGACGCCAAGCACCUGGAUCUUCCGACCGUUUUGACAAUGAAGCAUCAUCAACUGCAGAAAACGAACACGAUCGUAAUCUAACUGAAUGGACUAGAGGGGAAGCAAGAGGGAGUGACAGAAGAAGGGAUAGCAAUUUAGGCCUAACGCCUCAGGCAUGCGUGUCGAAUGCUAAUGAGCUUAGAAUAUCCGGAGAAUAUAAAGAUGCGAUCCGUUUCUAUAUAAAAGCUUUGAAAAUAUUAACACAGAGCCAAACCAACACGUCUUGUCGCACAGAGGCUUUGAUUGGUUUAGGUCAUACAUACAGAGACGUCGGCAAAAAGGAAAAGGCAAUCAGUUGUUUCGAGGAAGCCAUGCCGUUGGCACGAUCUGGAAGUAGCAGGAAGCAACUUUCAGAAGUGUUAUUGGGUUUUGCAAAGGUUUACGAAAAUAAUAAGGAAUAUGAACAAGCAAUUGAAAAAUAUAAAAGGGCUAGAGAGACGGCGAUAAAACAUGACUUUUGGCCGGCCAAGGAUGAAGCAUGUCUUGCUUUAGAGAGAAUCUUCAAACAAAUUGGUGAUUACGAAACUGCAAAGCAAUACCUCUCCGAAGUUUCGAAUACCUGUCGAAGCUCUUUUAAGAGAAAACCAGGAAGCAGAGAAAAAGGCCCGAGAGAUUUCUUAGAUUUGGGCGACAGAUGUAAAAGAUAUGGUGAAUUUCAAAGAGCGAUUGCAGCUUACGAGAAAGCGGUCAAAUCAGCUCAACGAGAUCAAAACGAGUUCAAAACGAUAGCAUAUCAGAAGAUAGGUUAUUGCUACAAGAAACUUAAUGAAAUCGAUAAAGCAAGAAAAUACUUUGAAAAAGGCGAAAAGACCGCAGAAGAGCAAUGGGAAAUUCUACCUGCAGUGAUGAAAGUCAUGAACACAUUUACGUUAUCUGAUCAUGAUUUUGGAGCAGGGGAUCAUUGGCUCGAAACAUUCUACCCCCAAAACGCUAUUUCUUCAAUCGAUGGUGAGUAA